AUGUACCAUCUGGCCAAGUCGCUGUAUCUAUACGCAACCAGCAAGGAGGAGUAUUCAGUCCUCCUCCUCGGCCUCGACAACGCCGGCAAAACAACGCUGCUCUCACAAAUCAAAGCCCUCUACCUCCCUCAACCAGACGGUCAGCCACAAAACAUCGGUCGCACAGUGCCCACAGUCGGCCAAAAUGUCGCUACCAUUCCACUGCAGGACAUGUAUCUGAAGAUCUGGGACGUGGGCGGACAAACUACUAUGCGCGGAUUGUGGCAGAGUUACUACUCGAGCUGCCACGCCAUCAUCUUCGUAGUCGAUAGCACGGAUGUCGGCGAGGGACUAGAAGAUUUCACGUCUGGCGCGGCAGUUUCGACGACGGAAAGAGGUGAGCAGGCGCAUAUGGGACGAUUGGGCGAGUGUAAGCAAGUGCUGGAGUCGGUGUUGCAGAAUGCGGAUGUGGCUGGGGUGCCGAUUCUGGUGUUGGCGAACAAGCAGGACCGCGAGGAUUGUGUGGAGGUUGUGCGUAUUAAGGAAGGGUUUGUGAGGCAGGUUUUUGAGGGAGAGAAGGGCGCUGGGGUCAGAGAUAGUAGGGUGUUGCCUGUGAGUGCGCUAUUGGGCACGGGGGUACGUGAGGCGGUGGAGUGGGUGCAGAGUAGGGUCAAGUGGAAUAAGGAGGGGAGACCGCCGGUGAUGCGGUGA